AACUGCAUCUUUAAUAUGGUCUUGGUACAGGUUUGUGAGAUUUCGAUAAAAGCUAAGAAAUGGAAGAUGUACUUACCGAGAAUCCUCCACCUUCAAGAUUCUUCCAAGAAGAUCUUAACAACUUUGUUCCGCCACCUGAAUCCCUUCCAUCUCCUUUCAUCAUAUUCUCAAAUCCGAAACCCGAACUUCCUCUCCGACCAUCUCUGCUCAUCAUAGCCAUAUCUUCACCUUCCCUCUAUAUUUUCCAUAAUUUACCUUCAAAGACUCUCCUUGGAAGUCUCAUCAUGCCUGAAGUCCCGUUUUCUGGAAACACCAUGGAACCUUCGUUAGAAGACAAAUCCUGCAACAUAUAUUCCUUGAGUAGUACUGAUGACAAAAAUUCGAUCCUCCUCGUCUCUGUUCAGCUUCCUGUAUCUCCUGAACGGUCUAACCUAGUCUCAAGAUUGCUCAUUGGCCAAGACAUUAUCCCCGAGCGGGUUAUAAUCUUGGAUUCCAUUCAGAGCCGUAACUUCAGAGGUAGACUCUCACCAGACGAAACAUUGGCAGCCAAACUCGAGACAUCUGCUGAGAAGAAAGCAACAACUCACACCGGUUUAGUGAAUCUGGAUUACUUCCCAUCAGGGAGUGUAAUCGACGGUCUGAGUGCUUCACUUUUGAGCCGGUGCCAGCUAAAGAACAUAAGAGGAACAUUGGUGAUCUCAUGGCCUGAGUUUGGUCCUUCCGUGAUAAGAUUUGUCGGAGCUCUGCUGAAGAAAAUUGUCCCGAGUUUGAAUGUUGCUAGUGUGAACAAAGAUCUGGAGAAGAAUUCUUCAAGAACUGAUGAGAGCUGGUGUAAUAAGCCAAACUUUGCUCUAAAGACGAUGAGGUUGGAGUGGCCUUCAACUUGUCUAGUCGGAGAAGAAGUAUACCAUAAUAGUUAUGAACACAAAGUGAAUUUGGUGGUAUUUUCUACAAGUUUGGAUGGUCUUUUCUUAAUCUAUGGCGGCAAGAACUUGAAUAGACCAAUAAUGGUGAUAAACCCAGCCAAUAGAUGGUCUCAAACGCUCCCUCUUGCUAGGAUUCAACUAGAGCAUUGUUUAGACAAUAACAAGACAGAGUUCUCUCCACCAGGAUUUGGAAAAGAUUGCGUUACUGGAAUAUACAAACUAGUCUUGUUACAUAACAUUAACAACACUUCAUCAUGCGAGGUUUUCGAUUUCGGUGCUAAGCAAUGGAGGCAGGUGGUUCCACCUCCUCCUCCUAAUCAUCGAAUAAAGCAUGAGCACGCAUCAACUUUUGCAAACGGAUGGCUUUAUUGGUUCAGCCAAGAUAAGACCAUGUUGGUUGCCUUUGAUCUUCACAUGGAGAUAUUUAGAGUAGUUCCAAAUCCAAUUAUCCAGGCUUCAUCAUCAUCAUCAUCUGUUGAGAUGAGUAUGAGAAGCGUAGAUGAUGACCGUUGUCUUGUGUGGAUUUCAGAGAUAAAUGGAGAUGGUAUGCAACACGUUUGGAGGCUCACUAACCACAACACAGGAGGGGCAUUAUUGAAAAUGGGCAAGAUGUUUUCCUUUGACUUGAACAAGGUUACUUCCACUUGGUUUGAUGAUACUAAUGAUCCUUCUUCACUCCUCAGACUUGAGGCAAUUUCCAAGAAUGGUGGUAACAAGAGCCGUAACUUCAGAGGUAGACUCUCACCAGACGAAACAUUGGCAGCUAAACUCGAGACAUCUGCUGAGAAGAAAGCAACAAGUCACUUGGUGAAUCUGGAUUACUUCCCAUCAGGGAGUGUAAUCGACGGUCUGAGUGCUUCACUUUUGAGCCGGUGUCAGCUAAAGAACAUAAGAGGAACAUUGGUGAUCUCAUGGCCUGAGUUUGGUCCUUCUGUGAUAAGAUUUGUCGGAGCUCUGCUGAAGAAAAUUGUCCCGAGUUUAGAUGUUGAUAGUGUGAACAAAGAUCUGGAGAAGAAUUCUUCAAGAACUGGUCUUAAAAAGGAUACUUGGCUCGAAUCUGAUCUAUAUACAUGAUUCAGAGAGUCAUAGAAGCUUCUCGAAAAGUUGUUUCAUGUGUCUAUGCUUAGUUGGACUUGGACAAAACAGAGACCAUAGAUCUUUUAAGUUCUUUUCUAACACAUUCUUGCAUUACCAAACACAUGAAACUAGAUAUACUCAUUCUCUCAUUUUGUUUUGCAAGUGUUGCUGUUUGAAGUAAUGGGAAUCUGAAGGUUAUCUUUGGCUCUUAUUACACGACAGGUUAGACCAUCUUUUCCUUUGUCUUGUACAUUACUGUGUUUGCUAUGUGAUUGGUAAUAGAUAUUUUACUUUGAUUAAUCGUUUUAAAUAUGGUUAUAUGUGUUUGACAUAUGCUUUGAUAUGGUCUGAGAUUAGUUUAUCUGCAUAAAAUUUGUGUUUGAUUUAUUCAUUAGUCUGAAUAUUAAGUGAUCCUGUGAUGUGUGAAGACUCUUUCAUUAAAUCUGAAUAAGUUUU